AAAUUCUUAGUGACAUUUCAAGUCUGCACGUGACAUCACUAAUCUGAUUUGUUGUUGUGAAAUGUAAAAAGUAUUUUUUUUAUAUUAAUCUUUUUAAGUGAUAAUUUUCCUUGAUUAAAUACUGUGACAAAAUUAAUGAUAUCGUAAAAAAUGUUUCGUAGCAAGCUUAGAUAUUCUGUUUUACGAGGAAGCCAUGACUUUCAGAGAUGUAAACAUACAAGCAAACUUGAUGCAAUACGUGAAAAGCUCCGCGAAGGUCCUGGUUUAGCUGAUUUCGUUUCUGAAGACCGUCCUAAAGACUGGAAUGAAUAUGAGGGCAAACUGAAAAGAGAGAAGGGUGAGGCAGAGCGCCUGAGACUGCCUCCUUGGCUGAAGACAACUAUACCUACUGGGUCAAAGUUCAGUGAGUUGAAGGAGCAACUCCGUGAAUUGAAGCUCAGCACUGUGUGUGAGGAAGCUCGAUGUCCUAACAUUGGGGAGUGCUGGAGUGGGGGCAAGCAUGGGACUUCCACUGCUACCAUCAUGCUGAUGGGCGACACGUGCACCCGCGGCUGCAUGUUCUGCUCGGUGAAGACGUCCCGCGCGCCGCCGCCGCUGGACGCGCGCGAGCCCCGCAACACGGCCCGCGCCGUGUCGCGCUGGGGCCUCGCCUACAUCGUGCUCACCUCCGUCGACAGGGACGAUUUACCAGAUGGUGGAUCAGCUCAUUUCGCUGAAACAGUUAGAGAAAUCAAAAGGGAGAACAAGGAGAUCCUAGUGGAGUGCCUGGUGCCGGACUUCCGCGGCAACCGCGACAGUAUCGAGACCAUCGCCAGCUGCGGCCUCGACGUGUUCGCGCACAACAUCGAGACUGUCGAACGACUUACACCAUUCGUCAGGGAUCCCAGAGCUGGGUACCGUCAAACACUGAAAGUGUUACAGACAGCUAAAGAGGUGAACCCGGACUUGAUCACGAAGUCCUCAAUCAUGUUGGGCUUGGGGGAGUCGGACCAGCAAGUAGAACAAACUAUGAAGGAUCUACGUGAAGCGGGCGUGGACUGCGUGACCCUCGGCCAGUACAUGCAGCCGACGAAACGUCAUCUCAAAGUCUUUGAGUACGUCACACCAGCCAAGUUCAAGGAGUGGGAGGAAAGGGGGAACGAACUGGGAUUCCUGUACACAGCCAGCGGACCUCUCGUCAGGUCCUCUUACAGAGCAGGAGAGUUCUUUAUUGCUAGCCUAUUGAAAGAUAGGAAAGCGAAAAGCUUGUGACCCGAAAAUGCCUAAUGGACUUGUGAUACUAGAUUCAUUUUAGUCGACUAAAUACUACAAAGUGUUGGUAUAGAAGUUAUGGAUUAAAUGACACACUUUUUUAACGAAGAGUCAGGUUUUCUAGAUUUUGUAACUACUAAGGAAUAGGUUCCUUUUAUCACUGCUAGAUGGCGCUUACCUUAGUUUGGCACUCAUGCGGUUAGAUCAAUUUUCUAUUUAUUAUUUCAAUAUUUUAUGGUAAAUUAUUAUAUGUUUUAAUUUGUAAACGAUUAAAUUCGUGAUAAUAAAUAAUGAACCUUAUUGUAAUAGACAAUGAGAUUAUUUUAGCAAGUGGGUGUCACAAAAGCCAAAGCUAGAUUGUUAUCAAUAUUGUAUGUAUAUUAUGUGGAUCUGUGUAGCUUUAGCGCAAUCAUUUAAGCUAUUUAUUGUGAUUUUGCUUUUGUUAAUAAAUGUAUUUUGUUACAA